CAGUUGUGAAUGGCCCCCGGCACCUGGCACAUUUGGCGGGCGAAAAGUAGCUGUCAGAUCGGGCACCGCAACCUGCUGCAGACCGUGUUCUCGCUGCGUACACCCAUGGGUGUCGCUACAGUGACCGCCUUCUGCAUUGGGACUGAAUGCAGCCGCUUUGAUCAGUGCAGUUAUUUUCAGAGUCACUCGCUCAAGCUAUUUCGGAACGAUUGGAAACGUGCAGACCGGUCGGGUGGUUUGGAUUGAGGAGCCGCACGGAGCGCUGCAGCAGACACGGCGGUUACCGGGGCAGGGGAUCAGGCUCAGAUGUGAUGCCAAAAAACUGUCCAGAAAAACAAAGAUUCAAGUCUAGGAAAAGAAAACUGUUUGGUGUCCCCUCUGGAGAGGGAUCGGGACUGUGGUUCAGUCCAGCGAAAUGUAGCGCUUCACUGCCCUGAAAGACGGAUUUUGGAGACCUGCCUGCUGUCUACUCAUGAUCUUUUUGUAGUGUAGUCAAGGGCAUCUGCUGCAGUCAUGUUUAGGAACAGCUUGAAGAUGUUGCUGACGGGAGGGAAGGCCAACCGCAAGAGUCGCAGCAGUGAUGGUGGGAGCGAGGACUUGGCAGACCCCCACUCGCCCAGUCUAGACCCUCACCUGAGCCACAUCGGCCAAGGUGGCAGCUUAGACAGCGACUGUGCCUUUGAAGGAGACUACGCUGUGCCGCGGAUCUCCAUGACCGAGGGCAUGCAGCACAUUCGCAUAAUGGAGGGCGUGUCGCGCUCACUGCCUUCCUCCCCGCUGCUCACCCACCAGACCAUCAGUGUCAGGCUGCAGCCCGUGAAGAAGCUCACAGCCCCUCUGCGGAAAGCAAAGUUUGUGGAGAGCCCUCGCAUUCCACAAUCAGAGCUUGGCUCCCCUACACACACCUCCACCACUGCCAAGAACCCAGACCUGGACACAUACUGCCCUGGGGAGUCAAGCCGGGAGCUGGGCCCCCCUCCGUCGGUGGAUGAGGCAGCCAACACAUUGAUGACGCGCCUGGGUUUCCUUCUGGGAGACAAAGUGAGCGAGGGGCCAGCCGGUACCCAGUACAGCAUGGAGGAACCCGAGGCGAGACAGGGCCAGAACCAGAGGAUCAGCCCGUGCUCCACCCUGACCAGCAGCACCGCCUCACCCCCCGCAGGCAGCCCCUGCUCGACCCUCCCUCCUGCUAUGCCUGGCCAGGCCGGCAACAAGGACUGUGCCUACGGCUCGGUCACCAGUCCCACAUCCACCCUGGAGAGCAGGGACAGCGGGAUUAUCGCCACACUGACCAGCUACUCGGAGAACAUGGAGCGAGGCGGGAAAUACGGCGAGGGCUCCCGGGGAAACCUGAAGCUGUGGCAGUCCCAGAAAUCAGGCAUGGACUCUUUCCUGUACCGGGUGGAUGAAAACAUGACCGCCUCCACCUACAGCCUCAACAAAAUCCCUGAGCGCAACCUGGAGAGCAUGUCCUCCCACUCCGCCCAUUCCAUCCCUCUGUACCUCAUGCCCCGCCCUAACUCUGUGGCUGCUACCAGUUCAGCCCACCUGGAGGACCUGGCAUACCUGGAUGAGCAGAGACACACUCCAUUACGCACCUCGUUGCGCAUGCCCCGACAGAGCACCACCUGCGGGCCGGGUCGUUCCGGGCAGGACCUGAGAGCUUCCGCUAAUAACACCCAUGCCUGGCAAUCCCAGUCACUGCGUUUUGCACCGUAUCGGCCUCAAGACAUCGCCCUCAAACCGCUGCUGUUUGAGGUGCCCAGCAUCACCAUGGACUCUGUAUUCACGGGCCGGGAGUGGCUCUUCCAGGAGAUCGACGCGCACCUCAACAGCCCCAACGCCAGCACCAACCGCGGUGUGGCGGUAGUGGGCAACAUCGGCUUCGGCAAGACCGCCAUCAUCUCUCGCCUGGUGGCACUCAGCUGCCACGGCACCCGCAUGAGACAGAUAGCCUCCGACAGCCCUCAAGCCUCACCCAAACAUGGAGAGGGGCUUCCUCUCACCCAGCCUCAGCCCACACACGGCACCCUGGGAGGAGGCAGCUGUCCUGGGACCCCCGAGAUGAGGCGACGUCAGGAAGAAGGCAUGAGGAGGCUGGCGUCACAGGUGGUGGCCUACCACUACUGCCAGGCCGAUAACGCCUACACCUGCUUGGUGCCGGAGUUCGUGCACAACGUGGCAGCUCUGCUGUGCCGCUCGCCGCACCUCGUCGCCUACAGGGAGCAGAUGCUGAGGGAGCCGCACCUACAGAGCAUCCUGAGCCUGCGCUCCUGCGUCCAGGACCCCCUGGCCUCCUUCAGGAGGGGGGUGCUAGAACCCUUGGAUACACUUUACAAAGAGAGGAAGAUCAACUCUGAAGAGGACCUCAUCAUCCUCAUAGACGGUCUGAAUGAGGCAGAGUUUCACAAGCCGGACUACGGAGACACCAUCGUGUCCUUUCUCACCAAAACCAUCAACAAGUUCCCUCCCUGGCUCAAACUGGUGGUCACAGUCAGAACCACGUUACAGGAGAUCACCAACGCGCUGCCAUUCCACCGCAUCUCUCUGGACGGCCUGGAGGAGAACGACGCCAUAGACCAGGACCUGCAGGGCUACAUCCUGCACCGCAUCCACAGCAGCCCCGAGAUCCAGAACAACAUCUCGCUCAACGGCAAGAUGGACAACACCACCUUCGGCAAGCUCAGCGCCCACCUCAAGGCUCUGAGCCAGGGCUCCUAUCUGUACCUCAAGCUCACCUUUGACCUCAUCGAGAAGGGCUACCUUGUUCUCAAAAGCUCCAGCUAUAAGGUGGUUCCAGUCAACCUGGCGGAGGUUUACCUGCUGCAGUGCAACAUGCGCUUCCCCACGCAGUCAUCGUUUGAGAGGGCCCUUCCUCUGCUCAAUGUGGCCGUGGCCUCGCUUCACCCGCUCACCGACGAGCAGAUAUAUCAGGCCAUCAACGCUGGCUCGCUGCAGGGCACGCUGGACUGGGAAGACUUCAUGCAGCGCGUAGACAACCUGUCAGUGUUCCUGGUGAAGAGGAGGGACGGCACCAGGAUGUUUGUUCACCCGUCUUUCAGGGAGUGGCUCAUCUGGAGAGAAGAAGGAGAGAAGACGAAGUUCCUCUGCGAUCCGAGGAGCGGUCACACCCUACUGGCCUUCUGGUUCUCUCGGCAGGAGAACAAGCUGAACCGACAGCAGACUAUUGAGCUGGGCCAUCACAUCCUCAAAGCACAUAUCUUCAAGGGUCUCAGCAAAAAAGUCGGAGUUUCCUCAUCCAUCUUGCAGGGCCUGUGGGUCUCCUACAGCACGGAGGGCCUCUCUUCUGCUCUCUCUUCUCUGAGAAACCUCUACACUCCCAACAUCAAGGUGAGCCGGCUGCUGAUGAUGGGCGGGGCCAAUGUGAACUACCGUACGGAGGUGCUGAACAACGCCCCCGUGCUGUGUGUCCACUCCCACCUGGGUUACAUGGACAUGGUGGGUCUGCUGCUGGAGUACGGCGCCACGGUCGACGCUCCUUCUGAAAGCGGUCUCAUGCCGCUGGGCUACGCCGCCGCUGGGGGACACAUGGCCAUCGUGACAGCGCUUUGCCGCAAGAGAGCGAAGGUGGACCAUCUGGAUAAGAAUGGCCAGUGCGCUCUGGUUCAUGCAGCCCUGAGGGGCCACAUGGAGGUGGUGAAGUACCUCAUCCAGUGUGACUGGAGCAUGGGGCCGCAGCAGUCGCCACAAACACAACAACAGGCGACCUUCACCAAGAGCCACGCAGUCCAGCAGGCCCUCAUUGCAGCGGCCAGCAUGGGAUACACAGAGAUUGUGUCCUACCUGCUGGACCUGCCAGAGAAAGACGAAGAGGAGGUGGAGCGGGCUCAAAUCAAUAACUUUGACACCCUGUGGGGGGAGACAGCUCUGACGGCGGCCUCUGGUCGGGGGAAGCUGGACGUGUGUCGGUUGUUGCUGGAGCAGGGGGCUGCCGUGGCCCAGCCCAACAGGCGGGGCAUCGUCCCGCUGUUCAGCGCCGUCCGACAAGGACACUGGCAGAUCGUGGACCUCCUCCUUACACACGGAGCAGAUGUCAACCUGGCUGACAAGCAAGGUCGUACCCCUCUAAUGAUGGCCGCCUCAGAGGGGCACCUGGGCACUGUGGAGUUUUUACUAUCGCAAGGAGCCUCUCUGUCUCUGAUGGAUAAGGAGGGUCUGACGGCUCUGAGCUGGGCCUGUCUGAAAGGACAUCUACCCGCCGUGCGCUGCCUGGUGGAGAGCGGAGCCGCCACUGACCACGCAGACAAAAACGGACGCACGCCCCUCGACCUGGCUGCCUUCUACGGCGACUCGGAAGUGGUCCAGUUCUUGGUCGACCACGGGGCCAUGAUAGAGCAUGUAGACUACAGCGGGAUGCGUCCCCUGGACCGGGCGGUGGGCUGCAGAAACACGUCGGUGGUGGUCGCCCUGCUCAAGAAAGGAGCCAAGAUAGGUCCAGCCACGUGGGCCAUGGCCACCUCCAAACCCGACAUCAUGAUCAUUUUACUCAGCAAGCUCAUCGAGGAGGGGGACAGCUACUACAAGAAGGGGAAGGUGAAGGAGGCAGCGCAGCGUUAUCAGUAUGCCCUCAAAAAGUUUCCACGCGAAGGCUUCAGCGAGGACCUCAAGACGUUCAGGGAACUCAAAGUAUCGCUCUUCCUCAACCUGUCCCGAUGUCGGAGGAAAAUGAACGACUUUGGGAUGGCUGAGGAAUUUGCUACAAAGGCACUCGAACUGAAACCAAAAUCCUAUGAGGCGUACUAUGCCAGAGCUCGCGCCAAGCGUAGCAGCAGACAAUUUCCUGAAGCCUUAGAGGACCUGAAUGAAGCGAUGAGGCAGUGCCCCAACAACCGAGAGAUCCAGCGGCUGCUCCAGAGGGUGGAGGAGGAGUACCACAUGCUCAACCAGGAGGAGCACCAGCAGCAGGCCCUGGAGCUGGAGCCUCCUCCCUCACCUCCUCCCACACCUCCCCCCGAAGAUGAAGAGUCCCUGUCCCUUUCCCUGUCUAUGCCUCUUCCUCCUCCCCCGGAGCCGCGACUGGAGGACAUGGAGCCCGUCCAGGACCUGUUUGAGGAUGAGGACUACCUGGAGCAGGAGCUGGAGGCGAUGUCCUUGGGUCUGCCCCCACCCGAGUCUCACAGCAAUCCCUCCAGCCUCCCCAUCAUCCACAGCCCACCGAUCUCUCCCACACAUCCAGAUCAGAUGUACCUGACUGGAGGGUCGCCCAUGGGCCAGCCGUACGAGUACCACCCGACCUCCUCCUCCAUGUCCUCUCCAACCCGAGGCUCCUACAACCCCACAUCACCCUCCCUCUCCCCGACGCAUCAGAACCACUACCGGCACAGCCCGCCUCACACCUCCCCAGUGCACCAGUACGGCUACAGCCCGCCUUCUAUGGGUCCUGGGGGUCAGGGGAUGGAUCACCAGAGCCCACCGCCUUCCCCUCUACGCCGGGCCGCUCAGUACAGAGCCAGUCCGCCUGUAGAGAGCGUUUGUAUGUACAGGUCACAGUCUGGGUCUCCUGUGCGCUACCAGACGGAGCAGCUCCCUGGCCGACCCAAGUCCCCGCUCUCCAAGAUGAGCAGCCAGCGCUCGUUCCAGCUGAGCUCUCAGCCCUCCCUGUCGUCCCAGCACCACCAAGCCCAGGGCCUCCGCCUCCAGCCUUCUAUAGCCCAAAUAGUGCGCACAAACCAGCCCAGCAAUGUGAUGGGCAACAGCCUGUACAGCGGCCAGAUGGGCCACUCCAUGGGCGGUCGCUACCAGGGGGGGUCAGUGGACGUAGAGAGCCGGUUGGUGUACCAGCCCUCGCUGGAUGGACGGUCCAUGCCCCAGGUUCAGGCCAGCCUCAGCUCUGGGGCCCUCUGUCAGCACGGUGGCCGAGGAGGGGUUAUGGAGUCCGGCUUGUUGAAGGACGAGCUACCCCAGCGCCCCUCCUCUGCCUACCGCGCCAGCAGCGGGGGCCCGGGGGGCAUCCGUUACAGCCAAACACCUCAGAUAAGCCGCAGCCAGUCAGCUGCCUACUACCCCGUCUCUGAACACGUGCUGGAGCGAGCCAACGCCAUGCCCCCCUGCCAGCUGGGCUCCCCCGAGAUCCCGCACAUGGUGAGACGCCCCGUCAGUGCCAAUACUACUGAGUUGAAGCCGCAUGUGCCCACCCCGAGGCCCCUGAUCCACUCUCAGAGCGUGGGCCUCCGGUUCUCCCCCUCGAGCAACAACAUCUCCACUGGAUCCACCUCCAACUUAGCGCCGGGUUUCAGGCCAUCCUCCUCCAUUCAGCAGAUGGAAAUUCCCCUGCAGUCCUCGUACGAGCGCUCCUGUGAUGACAUGUCUCCCAUUUCCCCCUCCCAGUACCCGGGUGAGGCCACACGCUCUCGGAACACGCCCUUCAUGGGCAUCAUAGACAAGACGGCGCGGACUCAGCAGUACCUGCAUCAGCCCUCGCGCUCCAGGAACAUGACGUCCAUGGACUCCCCCAUCAGCCCAACUUCGCCCGGCCAGAUGGUCCAGCAAGGCUCCACCUACAGCCCCCCCGCCUCGCUGGGCAACAUUGCCUACUACAACAAGACCAACAACGCUCAGAACGGACACCUGUUGGAGGAGGACUACUACAGCCAGACGCAGCCGCCCUCACUGGGAAAAAUGGCCAACGGCUCCCGCGGCGGCGGGGACAUCCUGGAGCGGGUCAGCCAGGUGCCCACCUACCCCGACGUGAAGGUGGCGAGGACUCUGCCCGUGGCACAGGCCUACCAGGACAACAUGUACCGCCAGCUCUCGCGGGACUCCCGCACCCAAGGCCCCACCUCCCCCAUCAAACCAAAGAGACCAUUUGUGGAGUCGAAUGUGUGAUGGCCCGCCUGUGAUUGGUUGAGUGGACUGGGGUGUGUUAGUGGGAGUGAGAGGAGAAAAUAUUUAGCUAGACAGGAUAUGAUGCUGAACAAUUGUGUAUGUGAUAUGGACAAACCUAAAGAACUAAUCAGAGACAGUGAGAGAAAAACACGUAGGGGAUUAGACAUUAUCUUAAACCAGAAUAACUAACAGCGAGAAGCGAUUCUUUCAUCAUCACACACGGAGAUUGUGAAUCAAAGACUAGUGCACUUCCAGACGUCACGUGGCACAAAGUUCCCACCAGGUGAACACAUCGGGGGGACUGCAAGAGUGAAAGUACACAUCAUCGGACUCUUCUCGUGGACUCUGUAUCCAUCUUCUGUUCCUUCAAAGUGUGCUCUUAACCGAGGUUGCUAGUAGGCUCUAUUCUAUGUAAUACAAUAUUCUAUGUUCAAUACUGUACAUUGCUCAGAAAAUACAAAUGGCUCAACAACUCAGUACUUAGAGAAAAAUGACAAUAUUUAUAAUUAAGUUAUAUAUUGUACAUAGAAAGAAAAGCAUAGUUUGCGUUUGAAUUGUAUUCUGUUAACCCUGCCUUUGUGUCCCACUGCUAGUCAUAUGGGGGAGGAACAGAGACCAGGGUGAGGGGCGAGGGACAUGGGACAACUUUGAAUGAUAUAAUCACCUCCACGUGUCAUAAUAAAACAGAGUCUGUUGUGGCUUAAUGCAAGAAAAUUAAAUAAGUCCUCAUUGAUCUGCCGGCGGCAGUUAACAUUUUUUUUUGUUUUAUUUAAUUAGCAGAUUCUUUUAAAACGUAAAAUGUUCUAAAAUAGUAACAUGCCCAAAUGUGAUCCAACGUAAAGUCUUCAAAAGUUGCGUUUGGUAUGACCAACAGUCCAAGAUCCCCAAAUAUUCAGUUAGCAGUGCAACAAAUCUUCCUAUUGUAAGCUAGAACAAGAGAAUGUUUGAAUUAAUAAUCAUAUUAUAAUAAUAUUAACAUUUACUGACAAUCAAUGGUUUUGACUCCCAGUUGCACAAAGUCAUUAAAAACGUAUCAAGAGUUUCACAAAGUGCAUAAAAUAACUUUAAGAUGGGAAAGUCAGGCUUUUAGCUGGUAUUCAAAUACUUUGUGUCUGAUUAAAAAUCCAACUAUUGCACAUUUCACUAUGUUUUCAAGCAUUUUAUUUUGUUGAUUCAACCGUUUUUUGGACACGUUACUUCCUUUCUAAAGUUUGGAUACAGAAAUGAUGCAGCUUUUAUUUACAGGAUAAUUACCCUAUCACGGACCUCAUUAGCAUCAAGGCUUUAAUCACUAACGUUCUCUGACAUAUUGGACUAGCUCCCUGUCAAUAAGUAGCUUUGAAUACUUGCUGACAUGAUGCAGGAUUAAUAAAACCUGCCUUUAGGCGUAAAUGAAUGAUGCAGAGGUGAAUAUAUGAUGUGGCACAUGAGUAUCAGAGUUCCUCCCUGUCCCCCCCCCCCCCCCUGUAAUGUCUGUUCCUCAGAGAGAGUACAGUACAUAUGCUAGUGAUGGGCUAACAUGGAUAGUGCUCAGCGAUUAAAAGCAAGCAAAUGCAUACACGACCACCGUUACCGACCUUCCCCUUCCUCCUGCAUACGUUUGUGUUGUUUCUUUUUACCCACAAUGCAUUUUUAUUCCGCCACUUCUGCACUAAAAAUGCCUGUUAAGUUCUAAACUAAGGGUGCACUUUAUGUAUUUUACUUACUUUGUUGUUAUGAUUGUUGAAUUUGGAGAAAAGCGGGCGUGUGAUCAGGCUGACCUCUGACCAGUGAGACUAUCAUAGACAAUAAUAUUAUAAUAAUAAUUAUAUGAUUUACAAAGCAGUGAUGAAUGACAACAUGAAGAGCAGCCAAUGUUUUUAAACUGGUGAAGAUGUAUAGACUUUCUAGCACAAGUUGUAUAUACUGACUCCUCGGGUUUGUGAGUGAAGCAAGUCUGUUUCAAGAGGCAAAUCAUAUUUAAGAAUCAUAAAAAGAAUAUCCAUUAAAGUCUCUAAAUAAGCCAGUCUAAUCCACUGGUCUUGCACACAUCUUGAAAUAAGGUCGAAUCUACUGCAACAAAAAAGAAAAUAUGACUGAAGUUUCAGCGCCCAGAGACUCCAUAUUUGGAGUUCAGGUGGUAGAAAAAAGUGGAAUAAUGAGAAUAUCCAAGUUAUUUGUAUAUGUGGGAAAAGUUAUGGACCAUUUGUCUGUAACGUUUUAUUUUGGUUUCUCUGAUAAAGAAUAUCUAAAGAGGUUUCACCAGAGAGAUCCCCUACUUAUCUUUAAAGAAAUGAAGGUAUAAACUGUAUUAUACUUAAUUUAAGAAGACUUCUAAGUUGAGGGUGUAUGGUUUGAAGCUGUCUAUGUAUAUUAGUUUGCUGUAAAUAGUCUUAUGCAUGUUCUAUUCUUUCCAUGCGCUCGAGCAGAAACAUGUAUAGCGGUGUUCUGACCCUGGUGUGACACAACGUCCGGAUGAAGAUAAGGAGACUGCUACCUGAACUGUCCUUAACAUUUUCCUUCAACCCCACCAGACAAAAAGCAAACGGUUCCUUUUAUUUUAUUUUAAUGUAUUUGCUUGCUGAGCAGAGUUCUCUUGUCUGUAAAUGUGAGCUUUCAGAUCGCUGUGAUAAAAAGUUUAAUUAAAACAAUAAAAAAGAAUGUGUUUUUAUCUCAUGAUAACUGAUUGUAAUCUGUACAGUCAAACAUAUGUAAUGGAGGAAAAAAAAUAACAUAUUUAUAAAUGGUUACCAACUGAAA